GAAAGAAAGGAAAAGAAAAGAAAAAAGAAAAAAACAAACAAAAUAACCCGCUUCCCAACAUUUUCUUGCACAACUUAAAACAGGAAAAAGAAAUGCCCAUUUUUCCUAAGAUAUCUUUGAGACCUGAAGUUGAAAACUAUCUCAAAGAGAGCUUUAUGAACAAAGAGGUUGUGUCUGCUUCAAGCAAACAAGAAGCAGAAAGGAAGUUUGAAGCUCUGCUGAUUCACCUGGCACACCCUCCGUCAUUCACAACUGUCAGAGUGAAUACACAUUUAGCAUCAGUUGAUUAUGUCAGAGGUCUGCUGCUUGAUGAGCUUCAGAAGCAGUUCAGUGGAUUCAGUGUUCCUGUUCUUCAGCAUCCAGCCCUCCCAGACGUCUUACUCAUUCCCGUGACUGGACCAAGAAGGAAUAUAGAAAAACAACAGCGUGAAGUGAUUGUUGGAGCACAGUGCGGCAAUGCAGUGUUGAGAGGGGCCCAUGUCUACGUUCCAGGAAUUGUGUCAGCUUCAAAAUUUAUGAAAGCUGGAGAUGUUAUUUCUGUAUAUUCUGAUAUUAAAGGGAAGUGUAAGAAAGGAGCCAAAGAAUUUGAUGGAACUAAAGUAUUUCUUGGAAAUGGAAUCUCCGAACUAAGCCGUAAAGAUAUCUUCAAUGGGAUACCUGCUCUGAAAGGUAUAGGCAUAAGAAUGACAGAACCCAUAUAUCUCAGCCCUUCAUUUGAUAAUGUUCUACCCAGUUACUUAUUUUUGCAGAAUUUGCCAUCUGCUGUUGUAGCUCAUGUUCUGAAUCCUCAACCUGGAGAGAAGAUCCUAGAUUUGUGUGCAGCACCUGGGGGCAAAACUACACAUAUUGCAGCACUGAUGCAGGACCAGGGUGAAGUAAUUGCACUGGACAAAAUAGUGAAUAAAGUGGAAAAAUUAAAGCAGAAUGCUUCAUUAUUAGGGCUUCAUUCUAUCAGGGCAUUUUGCUUCGACGCAACAAAGGCACUUAAACUUGAUGUGGUUGAUGGCCCAGAAGGGUCACCUCCAUUCUUACCAGAAUCGUUUGACCGAAUUCUCCUCGAUGCACCUUGCAGUGGAAUGGGACAAAGGCCAAAUAUGGCUUGUACUUGGACUUUGAAGGAAGUGACAUCAUAUCAGCCACUGCAGCGAAGACUCCUUAAUGUGGCUGUUAAGCUGCUGAAGCCAGGGGGAGUGCUGGUUUACAGCACAUGUACAAUAACUCUGGCAGAAAACGAAGAACAAGUUGCCUGGGCCCUCACAACAUUCCCCUGCCUUCAGCUUCAACCUCAGGAACCACAAAUUGGAGGAGAAGGAAUGGUGGGAGCUGGCCUGUCACAGGGACAAUUGAAACAGCUGCAGCGAUUUGACCCAUCUGUUGUGCCGCUGCAGGACAUGGACACUGACUGUCUCGGAGAUACCAAAGGAGAAGAUAUGAUCUGGCUGGCCAACAAGGAUUGUAUUGGCUUCUUUAUUGCAAAAUUUCUAAAAUGUAAAAGCACAGAAGAGAAGGUUUCUCGGAAAUGAAAAUUUGGAAUAUUGCAUGUUGCUUUUUCUUACAGCAAAGUGUUGUCAGGCCAAAGGAGGGAUGGUAUGUUUGCUCUGGGAAUAGGAAGAUGCAGACAAUUUCCCUGGGAUCAGUGGCACAGUGUGUAUAUGUGAUCCUGGAAAAGUGUGCGGGGGGUGCUGCUGGGAAAGCAUAAUCUGCCUUACAUGAUACAAAAGGAAAGGAAGAAUUCCCUGUGGGGUCUGGACUAUACUGUCAGUUUUAACUCAUUUUAACUCACAAACAUUAGUCUUUCUAAUGUGAAAAAAUAGUCUAAAGACAAAAGAAUAAAACUCUAACCCUUUCA